AUGAGCUCAAAAGGAAUGAGCACACACCCAGUGCAGGUUCUACCUUUUCAUAAUUCACAUUAUCAUUCAAAAAACGUCGUGGAUGGCCCAGUUCAACCUAAUUCACAGAAAAGUACCCCAUCCAGUAAUAGUGCUUCACAAAGAGCUCUUAGAAGUGAAGCCUUGCGGUUAGCUACUUUCCAAGGAUGGCCGCUUGAGUACCUUUCCCCAAGAGAACUUUCACGUGCUGGAUUCUUUUACCGUGGCUUGGCAGAUCAAACCCAAUGUGCAUUUUGCUGCAUUACCAUCAGUCAAUGGGAACCAAAUGAUGAUCCCAUGGCUGAGCAUAGAAGACAUGCACCAAAUUGCCCCUUUGUUCUACAGUUGUCAGUUGGCAACAUCCCUCUCUCUAACAAUAUCAGUGGCCCCUCUGUACCUCCUGUCGCCUCGUCUUCACGUCCUUCAUUUGUAUUCCCUUCAUUGAAUGGUGGCGGCGCAGAUACGUGCUCACGAUUUCAAAAUGAAUCUCGUCCAAACGCAUUACCCGAAAGAGUGCCAGCAGCGUUAACGGUCCGCCAAACAAAUGGAGGCGAAGGCCCAUCAUCUUCUGGCAACUUGUCAUCGUUGAGUCUUGUGCCACAUCAACAAGCUCGGCGUCCUGAAUUAACGUCCUUAGAAGCCAGAUUGAAUACUUUUGGUGAUUGGCCACCUGGUUUAGAACAGCGCCCACCACAGCUAGCAGAAGCGGGAUUCUACUACAUGAAAACCGGCGAUCAUGUUAAAUGCUUCUGCUGCGACGGAGCCUUACGCAACUGGGAGCCCAAGGAUGACCCAUGGGUGGAACACGCCCGUUGGUUCUCGCGUUGCAACUUUCUAGUAUCCGUGAAAGGAAAUGACUACAUAAAAGAAAUCCAAGCUCGAUAUCAGCAAAAUCCCCCUGUUGCUGCUGCUGCGAAUAAUUCUGUUGAAGUGAAAGAAGAGAAAAAUGAAGAAAGAAAAGAGGUAUGUAAUGUUGUGCAACCAAAAGAAGAAGCCAGUGGUGGCGAUGUGUCGCCUUCUUCCUCGAAGUUGCGUGAUGCCCUUCUUUGUCAGAUAUGUUACGACCAGCAACUGAGUAUGGUCUUCCUGCCUUGCGGGCAUUCCAUGAGUUGCCCGUCGUGCGCCACGGCACUCACAAAUUGUCCUCUAUGUCGCAAACGUAUAGAAGCAACGGUACGCGCCUUCUUUCCCUUUUCUUAAUCUUACCACAGGAGACUCACCUAGCUAAUGAGGUGACCAAAACUUAAUCUGAUUCGUAAAAAAUACGCUUUUUUGUUUGAGAGGAAGAGAAAUAGUCUUUAAAUGCAUUUGGUUAAACAAUUCGGCAAAAAAACCAACUACGAGAUAUCGAGUUAAUAAAUGUAAUUACAAGAUAACUUUCUCCGUUUCCCAAAGCAAAAGUUGACAAUUGGGCCCGUUAAGGCACCAUGAUACUUACAUAUUCAACACAUUUCGAAUGAACGGGUCUGUAGUUUUCAUUAUUUCUUUGCGCAGUUCUUGCAUUUCUUCACAAUUCACAUCGUUCUUUUUAUCCAUAAUGGUCUUCGCACGCUCUAAAUAUUUUCGCAGCAUUGUAUCACUUUCCUGUAAUAUAUCAAUCAUAUAAUUGUAAAA